AUGAAGCUUACCUCUGUGGCUCUUACCGGUGCCGCGCUGGGCCUUGCCCAUGCCACUCCCGUCACCAAGCGUCAGGCCAUCAGCGAUGCUGAUAUUCUCAACUACGCUCUGACUCUUGAGCACCUGGAGGCCAAUUUCUAUGCAGAGGGCUUGAAGAACUACACCCACCAGGACUUUAUCAGUGCUGGAUACAUGGACCCCUUCUACGCCAACCUGCAGACCAUUGCUUCGGACGAGCAGACCCAUGUGCAGUUCUUGACCUCGGCUCUGACUGCUGCCGGAGCCAAUCCCGUGGCGGCAUGCAACUACUCAUUCACCUCCACAGACGUGAAGAGCUUCCUGGCCCUCGGUAGCGUCUUGGAAGGUGUCGGUGUGAGCGCCUACCUCGGUGCCGCCGCCUCCAUUAUGAACGGCACUUACCUCACUGCCGCCGCCAGCAUUUUGACCGUCGAGGCUCGCCACAGCGCAUACCUGCGCUCCUACCUCGGCGAAUCGCCCGUCCCGCAGCCUUUUGACGAUCCCCUUAAUUUCGAUGAGGUCUACACUGUGGCUUCACCUUUCAUUGCCUCGUGCCCCUCGAGCAACGGCAAGCUCCCCGUGAAGGCCUUCCCGUCUCUCACUCCGACCUCGAGUGGAUCCGUCAUGAGCGGCGCCAAGGUCCAGCUGAUGACCGGCUCUGGUUUCAACUCCUCAAUGGACAUGUCGGAUAUCUUCGCCGCCUUUAUCACCGUCACUGGUCCCGUCUUCACCCCGUUGAUGUCGAGCGGUGGUGGAAUGUUCACCGUGACUGUUCCCAGCGGCGUUGCCGGACAGAGCUACGUCGUCCUCACCAUGGGCAACACCACUGUUACUGAUGACACUAUCGUUGCUGGCCCCGCUAUUCUUGAGGUUGGUGCGAUGAUGGGAGGUAUUACUGGUGGUUGCUCCAAGUCUAAGACUUGGUCUAUGUCUGGCUCGUCUAGCAUGUCUAUGAUGAUGCCCACUGCUUCGCCGUCUAUGUCGAUGUCCAUGUCUGGUUCCUCGACCAUGCCGUCUGGCUCGAUGAGUUCCUCGUCUAUGAUGCCUAGCAAGUCCCCCGUUUUCAACUCGGCGAGUGGAAUCUCACCGAGUGGAGCCAUUAGCGUCUUGAUGGCUGCCGUCGCUGCGUUUUUCAUGUAA